CCUGUGCUUACGCUGACGGGUGUCUCACCACAAGGGAUGCAAUGGUCGUCACGUACUUCAGGGGAGCCGUCACUGAAAGCGAUAAGAAAAUAGCUAAAGGACUUAUGGCUGUCGUCGGCCUAUCGAAAGCUGAGGCCAAAAAGGUAACGCCUGGCGGUUGUUAUCUCGCGUGUAAUAAUUCAAAGGAUAAUGUAGUCAUUUCAGAUCUCAAAGACGGACACAUAGGAAAGACUUUCCUUUUUGCGGUACAAAAACAGUCGUUUAAACAGCCGAAUAUCUCGAAAGGUCCAAAGAAAGAAAUGUCAGAAAUGAUCAAACGAUUGGAAGAAAAAGCAACUCCGGUCCCGGAAUCCAUUAAGAAAUAUAUACCAAACCCGAGACUCCGGUCCCGGAAAUGGGUGUCCACUUCACUCAUGACUACCGAUCCCAGCGAUCAGGCCUUGAAAUACGCUUCGGCCGAGUAUUUCGUAUACAAUCUGAUGAAUCCCGUGCUCUUCAUAGACAAACUCAAAGACCUGCCCACAGAUGCUAUUAUACUAGAGUUGAGUCCGCACUCUAUAUUCCCUAAAGUGGUGUCCGAAACGCUGGAUAACUCGGCGUACGUAUCAUUAAUCAAGAGAAACGCAAACGACACUAAUUUGGACACAUUUAUGGCUGGAUUGGCCACUCUAUACGAGUCGGGAGUCAAUCUGUCCAUUGAGAAGCUAUACCCAGUGGUUGAGUGGCCGGUGGCCCGAAAUACACAGUCAAUCAGUUCGCUCAUGCGUUGGGAUCACAACCGAAAGUUCGAGCACCAACUCUAUCCGCAAAAGUACUGUCGACUCACAGCCGGUGAUUACAAUUUCCCGGUCGACCCGUCAAAGAAUCAAUUACACGCAUUCUACCUUGAUCACGCCGUCGAUGGCAACGCCCUCUUCCCGGCCACCGGCUAUUUAAUGCUCGCGUGGCGUAAACUGGCAGUCAGUAGGGGUAAGGCGUGGUAUCAGUUGCCCGUUAUUUUUGAGAACGUUCAGCUCAAACGCGCCGUAUUCGUGAAUGAUGUCAACAAAACUGACCUCAUAGUCAAAUAUUUUCCCAACACUGACGAGUUCUGUGUGUUAGAGAACGAUAACGUGUGUGUUGUGGGCAAAGUGCGGACUCCGGACGACGAGGUCUUACUCACGCCUAACGCUAUAUUCGAGAUACAAAAACUGAUGGCCAGUACUCAGUACUCACUCGACAGGAAAGACAUCUAUAAGGAGUUGGGAGUCGUGGGCCUCGACUACGGACCGCACUUUCAACGCCUGAAACGCAUUCAGACCAACGAUUUCCGCGACAUUUAUGGCAUCAAUGAAUGGGACGGAAAUUUUGUCACAUAUUUGGACGCAAUGUUACAGUCAAUGGUAUUCUCCGCUCCAUUCCGUAAACUCAUGGUUCCGGUGAUGAUUAGGACCAUACGUGUGGACCCGCGUGUGUUCUUCGAGAACGUCAUUCGGAACCGAAAUGUGGAGCAAAAGCCUAUCGAGUCUAUGGAAAGCGAAGAAUCUGCUGCGGAAAACUUGGGAACGCUGUUAUCGGUUGGGGGAGAGAUGGUUGAGGUCACUAAAGGCAUGACAGAAGACGAGAAGGUCCUCAAAGACGCCAAAGUUAUAUACAAGGAGGAGAUGACCCGCAAGAACGAGCGCUUCUUCGUCUUCUCGGCUGAUAUGCCGUUUCAUUUCAACGCAAAGUCCAAACGACUGGUCGCUCACGGCUUAGAAGUGGAGGACCUGAUGGCCUUCCCUAUACCCAGACGUGCGGACGGCACGGAUCUGGUGUUAGACACGUAUCAGUUCUUCCCCAAUGAAGACCUCGAAGCCGUUGACGCCAUUGAUAAACGUGUGGUCACUGAGUAUAUAGAGGUGUGUAAAGCAAUGGCCGCUAAGAUUAAACUAAUUGGAUAUAAAGACAUUAAAUGCGAUUUUAAUUACCAAAACAUUAGCGAUGAUGUGAUACAAGAGUAUAGGACAACAAAUAACGAAAAUCAUGUAUUGUUUCGCAUAUUUGAUAAAAUACUAACAGAAGUUGUGGACAAAAACAAGAAUUCAAAAAACAGUAAAGAAGUGAUGAAAGUAUUGAAAGAUAUAGAAAGCGGUGCCGAAUAUGAUCUCAAUAAAGAUCUGAUUAAUCAGAUCCAGAAGAAUGAACACAUGAUUAGAACUCUAGUCGAUAUCGUGUGCGAAAACUUUGUGACAAUCGGAGAGAUAAAAGUGACUGAAAUUAAUCUCUCGUCCGGUAUUUUGGCCAAAGAAGUGGAUCAGAUUAUGUCACUCUUCCGUAUUAUGCCAUACGAUGUCGACUAUAAACUUGUGGUCAAAUCAAAACAGGAUUGCAUUGAUAUGUAUAAGAAUAGGGCCACAAAAUGGGACCCAAAAGAUGAUAUAUCCCUAAAACCCUCGCAUUUGGUUAUAUUGAGAGAUACGCAAGACUUGUGGCAAAAGGAUAUGCAAUCAUUUGUUCAGGACAUCUAUGAUUGCCUUCAAACCAAUGGAUUCCUAUUAUCGGUCUUCAGAUAUAAGUUUACGGAACCGGAGAUUGCGUUCAAUUCGUUGAACGGAAAAGCGAUUUAUAAUAAUUUGUUUCUCGAGAAUCGGAUCAAAGAGUUUAUCACAAUUUGUGAUGAAAUUGGGCUCAAAUUGAUUUGUACUAAAUAUGAUAGCUUCGGAACCGUCAAUUAUGAACAAUGGUUUAGAGUAUUGCAGAAGAAGUUGAUUACCGCAAAAGAGGCGGACAAUCAAACCGAUAACGUAUGGCUUAUGGCCGACGACUCGGGUAUUAAUGGAAUCGUAGGCAUGCGAUUAGAACCUGGAGGAGAGAACUUCAGAUAUAUAUUCAAUAUGGACUCCAAUAGUGAGACAAACAUCGACUUCACUAUUAAACCCUAUUCUGAUAUAUUGGCCAAUGAUUUGAUGGCGAAUGUUAUCAAAGGGGGAAAACUUGGAAGUUAUAGACACAUAAAACUACCCAAAGACAGUGAUAAAGUUGUUUCCAACGAGUAUUUCCUAAAUUUGGGUCAAACCCGAGAUCUCGCAGGUCUUCAAUGCACCGGUUUAUCAUUCCACGACGUUAUGUUAGCCACAGGUCGUAUCCCUUCGGGUCCUGAGGUUGUAUUCAUGGACUGUACAAUUGGUGGUGAAUUCGCCGGUCGUUUGGCCGAAACGGGGGAACGGGUUAUGGGUAUGGAAUCUGGCCGUUGUUUCGCGACCUCGAUAUACGCGGCGACUCAUACUUACGCUAAAAUCCCUGACCACUGGUCUAUGAACGAUGCCGUCUCUAUAUUGAGUACUUAUAGUACAGCUUAUUAUGGAUUGAUUAAAGCCGGAAGACUUAGGAAAGGUGAGAGCAUUUUGAUACACUCGGCGGCCGGAGGUGUGGGACAGUCGGCUAUAUAUAUCUGUAAACACUAUGAAUGCGAUAUAUAUGUGACGGUCGGUAACGACGAGAAGAAACAGUUUUUGAUGAAUGAAUACAAUAUACCGGAGAAUAAGAUAUUCAACUCAAGAGAUAUACUCUUCAAGAAUCAGAUAAUGGAAGCGACGGAAGGAAAGGGAGUCGACGUUGUGUUGAAUUCAUUGUCCGGAGAGAAACUGGACGCCAGCUAUAGUUGUGUGGCCAACCAUGGUCGGUUUGUGGAGAUGGGCAGAUUCGACAUGGGAGUCGACGUUGUGUUGAAUUCAUUGUCCGGAGAGAAACUGGACGCCAGCUAUAGUUGUGUGGCCAACCAUGGUCGGUUUGUGGAGAUGGGCAGAUUCGACAUGGUCCAGAAUAAGAAACUGGGCAUGUUUGAUUUUGUGCGCAACAUUGACUUCAUUAGCGUAGUGUUAGAUCUCGUUUUGCUUGAUUAUCCGGACUUUUUGCCCGAGUUUUACGAUUGGGUUCACAAGAACUGCACCGAUGGUUGUGUGAAACCAAUCAAUCAAAAUGUGUUUCCGGCGGCCGAAGCGGAAAAGGCAUUCCGUUAUAUGACAACCGGUAAACACACGGGAAAGAUAGUCAUCAAAACCAGAGACGAGGAGACAAAUAGAGGGCCUUUGAAAACAAUAAAACCUGUGCCCGAAAUGUUGGUCAGCGCUAAGACUUAUUUCAAUCCAAACAAAGUCUAUAUAAUAACCGGAGGUUUGGGUGGUUUUGGUCUGGAAUUGAUUCCAUGGAUGCAAUACUUCGGCGCCCGGAAAUUUAUGGUCACCUCCCGGUCCGGCCUUAAGACUGAUUACCAGAAAUUCAUUUACAAUCGCAUUCAUAGCGUAUAUCAAGAAUUCAAAUUCUUUGAGAGCGAAUGGUUUGUCUCGACUGCCAAUGGAUUCACAAUUGAAGGCACAAAACAACUCAUUAGCGAAGCCUUAAAGUUGGGACCCAUUGGAGGGAUUUUCACAAAUCUGGAUCAACUGACCCGACAAUUGGACUAUAAAUUGGAUUAUUUUGUUGUGUUUUCGUCCGUCGCUUGUGGUAAAGGAAGUCCCGGGCAAUCGAACUAUUCAUUUGGUAACUCUAUUUGCGAGCGUAUAUGUGAAGAGAGACGUAGGGAUGGUCUGCACGGACUCGCCAUACAAUACGGACCCGUCGGUGAUGUGGGAGUGUUUAAAGACUCGGAUCAGUUGCUGUCGUUAACAACACUGAGAAAACAGCGAAUCAACUCGUGUUGCGAUGUUUUGGACAAAUUAUUGUCAAUUAAACAACCGAUUGUCACUUCAUAUGUUAAAGUGGACCAAACAAAAGAUGAUAGUAUUAGUCGAGGCAAACGUAUGAUCCGAGAACUGUGGCGAGCGUUGGGUAUCGACCCGGAGAUCACACCCAACCACUUGACUCUCGGCGAGAUUGGCAUCGAAUCCAUGUUUGCCGUUGAGUUGCAGCAGGAGUUGGAGAGGGACUGGAAUAUCGAGAACUGUGGCGAGCGUUGGAUCACACCCAACCACUUGACUCUCGGCGAGAUUGGCAUCGAAUCCAUGUUUGCCGUUGAGUUGCAACAGGAGUUGGAGAGGGACUGGAAUACAAAAAUAUCGCUAAAUCAGGUGAAGACUAUAACCAUUGGAAUGUUGAAAGACAUCGAGGCGGGUGUUAUGGGCCAAAUCAAAAAGCACAUUGAUGAUAUUAAAAGGGCCAGACUAUCCAUUCUGAAGUUGAAUUUUGUGAUGCCCACCCAAACCCAUACUUCACUAAACACUGUGGCAAAGGGUACGCCCAUAUACUUUAUGCCACCCAUUUUGGUGUCAUUUAGCGCUAUGGAAGAGUUGGCUCAAAGGAUUAAUCGCCCGGUAAUCGGCCUGAAUUGGACCCGUGAGGUGAGCGCACUGACCACCAUGAAAGAGGUGACCGCCUAUUACGUGAAUCUGUUGAAAACGCUUGAGCCGAAAGGCAAGUGCGAUGUGUUGGGCUAUUUCGACGGCGCCAUCAUUUGCUCCAAGUAUUUGCUGAAGGGAAUGGUUGGGCGGGCGGUCAUCAUCGACGUUAUCGACGACUCCCACUUCCGGGACGAGUAUAUGACCGACGAGUAUAUACUUGACUUUUUGCUCUCAUUCCUGUCCUCAGAGUUGCCCGAUUCGUUCAAACAGAAAAUACUGCGCGACUUAAAAAAGGAGCAGGGUAUGAAUGGCAAGCUUAAAUAUAUGGGCAACGAGUUGGGCGACUUCGCCGGCAAAAGUCUGGUGACCACAGAUAUGCAGGAGAUCUUUGAAAUUGUUAUCAACAGAAUUCAUAUGCUUUCCAAAUAUCGAAUGGAAAAGAGAAAGAAGUUGUCCAACAAAUGGAAGACAACGAUCGGCAAGAAGUGGUCCAAAAAGACGGGUAAACUCGUCGUUAUUAAGCCGUUUCAGUUUGAAUUGUGCGAAGACGUCGACGAGACUUUGGAGAGGGCACGCGACGCCUAUUUUCUACCUGGGUCA